ACCUUGCUCGGAGAGAGAGAGAGAAUAACGACAGCUUUUGGCGUUGGGAGGAUCAUUUUUCGUCCAAGGGGAAGUGGGGCGGCUCACUGGCAGAGGAGUCCUCUCCAGGGAGCAGAGCUGUGGCACCUGAGCUCGCCGAAGUUACAAGACUCAACAUUCAGAAGGAUCUUGGCAGACUUGAGCACUGGGCUCUGUGCAACAAGACGCCAUUCACUCUUGAGAAGAGAAGGUCCUGCACUUAGGCAGGAAGAAGCAAAUGCAGAGGACUAAACGUUGCAUUGCCUGAGCCAAAGCAUGAGGAGCCCAUGGGAUUCCUGGGCAAAGAUGCUGGGAUGCACUCUUUGCCUCCUCUUGGUGCCAGAAGCAGGGUCCCUCUCCUGCAGUCACUUGGCUGUCAACUCCUCAGUUGUCGUAUUGGGAGGAAACAUCACAGCUUCAUGUACCAUCUGGAGAAACCACUGCCCCAUUGCAAAGGAUAGCAAAAUCCAGAUUAUUUGGAAAUUGAGCAACCAACUACUUCGAGGAUCCCAGUACAGCUUCAGCGAUGGAGUGGAAGUUUCCAACAUCACUAUCGGCCCCUUCAAGGAACCCGUGACUCCCCUGAGCUGCUACAUGCAGGAACAUGGCCUCCUACAGGUUAUGAACCUUACCCAGAUCUUGGCUGGAUACCCUCCACGCCAACCUCAGAACCUCACCUGCAUCUUCAACAUUACCUCCAAGAGCCUGGCGUGCCAGUGGGACCCUGGCUGGGACAGCCUCCUCCCAACCCGUGUGGCCCUGAAGGGAUUCAGGAGCUCAAGGGAGUGUAAGGCCCUGGACCCCAUCACAGAUUGCAUUCCCGAGCCUGGCCAGAACUCCUGCAUUUUUCAACGCCUGGAACUGCAGCUGUAUCAAAAAAUGCUUUUCUGGGUGUCUGUGGAAAAUGACCUGGGCAACGUGACCUCUGAGCACUUGUGUGCCGACCCCAUGGAUUUAGCCUGGCUGGAGCCCCCGACCAUCUGGGACAUCAGGCCCCUCUCUGAGGAGAGCAAUUGUCUGGUGGUCAAAUGGGAGGCAGGAAAGGACAGCAAACUCCUGGAACAGGCCUGUGACCUGCGCUACCAGAUGGAAGGCAGCCUGGAGUGGAGCCUUGUUCACAACAUCACCACCUCCAGUCGGCAGAUCCGGCAGUGCGGUUUCCUCUUUGGCAGCCUCUACCAUUUCCAGAUGCGGUGCAGGCGCCUGUCUUUCAGCUACUGGAGCAGCUGGAGCCCGACCAAGCUCUUCACUACACACGAGAAAGCACCUUCAGGAGUGCUCCAUGCCUGGUGGAAACUGCGAGAGGCAGCGAAUGGGACAGAGGUGCAGCUACUAUGGAAGCCGAUGAAGCCGCACGAGGCCAAUGGCAGAAUCCUGGGAUACUGUGCAGCGCUCAGCGCCAGUCAGCACCCGGCCAGUUCACUCUCUCUGUGUAACACCACCAAGAGGCAAUGCACAUUCUUGAUGCCGCCAGGAGCCGAAAGGAUUUAUCUCUCAGCUUACAAUUCCAGAGGUGCCUCUCAACCCACAGAAAUCUUCUUGCUGGAGAAAAAAGGCCAGCCUGUGCUCAAGGUCCAGGCCUCCCCCCACAAUGAGGAGAGCUUCCAGCUGUGGUGGGAUCCUCCAAGGGCCCCAGCAACAGGCUACAUCGUUGAGUGGCACCGAGUGACCUCUGCAGCAGAAGGAAGCAACGUUGGGUGGCAAAAGCUACAGAAUGGGAGCAUCAGAGAAACCCUGAUCCAAGAAAACAUUGAACCUUUCCAGCGCUACCAGAUCUCCGUCUACCCCCUCUACAGAGACAGAGUUGGGGUGCCCCAAUCCAUAGAAGCUUACACAAGGCAGAAAGCUCCAACCAGAAGCCCAAAACUUCAUCCCCAAAACAUUGGGGUGUCCACAGCUGAGGUUUCGUGGAAUCCUCUCCCUGUUGAAGACCAGAAUGGGUUCAUCACUGGCUAUACUCUCUUCUGGAUCGAUCCCAGUGAAGAAGCUAGAAGUGUUGCUGUGAAUGCUUCUGUAAACAUCCUGACCAUCUCAGGUCUUCGGCCUUCAAGGAUGUACAGCCUGCACCUCAUGGCCUCUACAAUGGGUGGGAGCACCAAUGGGACCAGCCUUGUGAUCACCACCAAGGACAUGGAAUACCUGGACAUCACCAUUGUGUACUUACUCAUUGGGCUGCUCUUGGCCAUGAUAAUUGGCAUGGUCAUCUGCUUUCAGAAGAGCAAAAGGAUGAAGACGCAGUUCUGGCCCAGUGUCCCUGACCCAGCCAACAGCAGUCUGGGCAAAUGGGCCCCCGCUGUUCUGCAGGAGGAGACCCUGGAGGCCCCCAAGGCAUGCGAACUCAGCCCCAUCAUCGUUUCUGCCAUCCUAGUGAUUGAAGCUGAGGAGAAGAAGUGCCUCUCCUGUGGGAAGAGUGAGCCCAGCCCAGCCAUGGAGGACAGCCCAGGAGCCCUCUCCGACUCUGGUGCCCAUGAAGCCAAAGGAGCUGUGCCAACUGGGGGCUCGGGGCCAACCUCCUACAUGAAUAACCCAGAGCCUGUUCAGUAUGCCAAGGUGCUGGGGGGCAGCUACCGCACUCAGCAAGAAGCCUCGCCUACCAUCUAUAUACGCUCCAGCUCCAGGCAGCCUCUGCUCCACAGCCUGAACCCCAGCCCAAAGUCCUACAAGAACCUGUGGUUCCACAGAGACCAGCCCGAGCGAGUCACCCCCUCCAGCUUCCAAGAGGAGACUGUUUUCUUGGAUGGGGCCUUGCUGGAUUUUCCAUUGCUGCAGGGGCUCAAAAUUGAUGGCGAUGAAGACCUCUGCGACUUCCGACGGCUUUAAGGACCCAGCUGGAGUCACAGGGCUGCAAGAGAGAGCAGCCUACUCUUUUUUGGCUUCUUCUCUUCUUCCUUCUCCUCCCUGAGAGCCAUUAGUUUGUGUUUGAGACUAUAAUGAGGCCAGGAAGCUGGGAAAGAUAGGCGGUGAUCCUAGGGAAGAGCCACGUUUCUGCAGGCUCGGAAGCAGCCAUGCUUUAGUUUAGAGCAGGGGUCUCCAAACUUGGAACUUUAAGGCUUGUGGACUUCAACUCCCAGAAUUCCUCAGCCAGCCAUGAAGUUGAAGUCCACAAGCCUUAAAGUUGCCAAAUUUGGAGACCCCAAGUUUGGAGAUGAGUAGAAGGCAACCUCAGGGAGGUGUGAAUUUUGGAUUUUCAUUUCUGCUGCUUCAGAAGCUGCCAGAGGCACUGAGGUGACCUGAGGGCUUCUCCAGGGAUGGGAACCAGCCUAUUUGGAGGUGCUAGAACGAAGUUCGGAGAUUAGGUAAAAAUUAGGUGUCUUGACAUUUAACAUUUUUACAGUUUUAAAACGCUGCACCAUUCCCAAUCUGCAGAACUCCUGGUGCUACAAGGGCUGUAGACGCAGCUCAAUGUCUGUAAGCUCCCCACCCCAACUUUUGCGUCAUCUUUUUGCAACUGUUAGAUACUCAGCCUUGCUGAGUAUCCUCUGUUCUCAUGACUUCUGCUCCAAUCUGAAUAGAUGAGCCACAGCCCUUAUUUCAAGCCACUCCUGUAGAAUGGACAAUCCUCCUUCCCAGUGGCUUCUUUUGACACUGUGUGUCAACGAAGUACGUUGACAGCCUGGUGAUGCUGCCUAGCUGGGUAAUGUCUGCAGGCAAAUAAGCCAGCUCAGAGAAUACUAAGGACUCCACAGUUCAACCCUGAGCUAUAAAUUCUAUUGAUGGUUCCAAUGUUUACUGAACUCCCCAAUCUGGAACCCCAAAAGAGAGUAAUCUUUCAGUUCAGUAAUCUUGGCAGGAAGGCCCAUGUCUCCAUUACUCAGGACUUUGGUACCAUUUUGGCUACUGGUCUUUUGCCACCCAGCACCAUGCAGACCAUCCCCUAAACUGCCAAAUGUCCACAGAAGAAUCCUCUCAGCUAUUGAAAUGAUGUCGAUGCUCGUGGAGAAGCACCAGCUGAGAAAGAGCCACAGCUUAGCAUGCCCACAGCAGCAGGGAUACAAAGGAAGGAGUAGAAGGAAGCGAUGGGCACGAAGAAGGGUGAGAAAGAAGUAGGUGUUUCUGGGCCGGGCUACGGCUGUUGCUAUGAUGGUCUCUGACUGACUUGCAAUGAGGACUCAGUCAAAGACACAGGAUGGCUGCAAGAGGACACCAAGGAACGGAGAAGAGACGGUUCAUUGGGAGAACUCCCUCAUCCCUUCGAAAUGCUUUUUCCACAACUGCUGCUAUUAUUUAUCAUGUAUAUAAAACACUGUACAUUAAAGGUGCUCUUGUAUUGUCCUCAUCUGAACUCCAAGGA